UUGGGUGACAUUAAAGUAAAUUGUCUGCUGUAUGCUGAUGAUGCAGUGCUUAUUGCACCAUCAGAGGCAGAACUGCAGGCAUUAGUCACGUGUAUGAAAGAGGAAUGUGAAAUUAAAGCAAAAAGACCGCCAGUUGAAGAAACAGCAUCUUUUCUCCAAUCGUUGUUGGCCUCACAUGGACCCAAUUAUCUGGAGAAGCUAUUCGGAAGCAAAGCGCGUGAUGCACUGGAACCACUUGGUGGGGUUGAGAAAGUUGCCAUCGCCCUGUCUGAAUCUCAAACUAUCGAAGACUUCGGAGCAGCUCUGCAUCUAAUGAGAUCGGACUUGGAACACCUCCGCUCCGUCUUCAUGGCUGUCGAGAACGGCGACCUCGGAAUGCUGAAGUCCCUCGGUAUCAAGGACUCCGAAUUGGGAGACGUGAAAUUCUUCCUGGAGAAACUGGUGAACACCGGUUUCCUUGAUUGA